GGGAUUUUGUGAAACUUGUAGUGUAGUAUGGGGUGGAAAUAUGUAGGAACCCCUAAUCGAGGAUCUAAGUAGACUGCUCAACCGCUCUCAAAUUCCUCUGUAUUCAAUCCAUCGAGAAUCUUCCCGUUUUGGUCACUCCACUGUGUCAUACGGAUACAUGGCCACAUGGGUGGGAAAUGCUCCUCAGAAGAAACUGUAUAGUGGCUGCCAGAAGAUUGAGUACUAAUACUAAGGGAUAGUUCAAUGUUGUGACAAGAGCAAACCACAGUGGAAAGUAAAGAGGAGUAAGCUUUUGAUUUCGAUCUAAAUCAGAGAUUCUUUUGAGGGUAAAGGUUAGGGUUACGAGGAGGAUGGAAGCAACCGGGGAUGAAGGGCUGUUGAGCACGAUUCGACCACCGAGACUCGAAGAUGCAGGCCUGGAGGACUGCGCUCUUUCCCCUGAAGCCAUCAAAGAAGCAUUCCUCAAGGCCGCCACCUCCAUCAGCUCUCGGGCUUCCUCAAUCCUCACCAUCGCAGAAGAUGAAAAAGACGAUGCCAAUAGCUGUAUCCAGGAUCUUGGCCCAAGCGAUGCCAAGUUGUCGGAUGCGUUGGUAGGGAUAUCACCGGCACCGACAGCGGCUCAACCGGGACCCUGUAGCAAUGAGAAAGGCGGUGGCCUGCCACAAACCUUCGGGAAUGAUGUCAUCGUCGCCGGCGUUGGCGAUUCGUUGAGUGAUGAGGAAGGUCGGCACAGUGACAUCAGAGUAUUGGGAACGGAGAUAUCUGAGGGAGAGAAGGCAUGUGUGGACGAGUUACAGGGUCUGAAGAUCAAGGAACAGGCUGAUCACAAGGAUGACGAUCAGCAAAACAACGCGGACGAAGGCCCCAUCUUAGCUGAAACCUAUGUAUGAGCUUUGAUCAGUAAGGCAGCAAACUAUUGCGUUACCCUUUUUUCCCAUUUUUCUUGGUAUUGUUGCAGCUGUUUCGGAGGACCAAUUUGAAAUCGUGAAUGAAACAAUGAAAUUUUAGUUGGUAAGAUUUACGAGUUGUGAUCAGGAAACACCAGAAUCUUGCUUAGAAAGAAUUACUUCCUUAUUGACAUUUGCAAUGACAAAGGAAGCUGAUGCCAUCCAAGAAGUGUUAAUGACUGUUGAUGGGAGAAACAAAACCGGCUGUGUUAAUCCAAUUCCUCUUUUUUGUUUUAUCUGUAGGAUUGGUAAGUGUUUUAAUUAAUUUUCCUUUUCUUCUGUUGGAUAUUGAGGAGAAGAAAUGUUAGUAAGACUUGGAUUCAACCUUCA